UUGACUUGGUAGAAGAGCUGUUGAAGAACUAUGCUGACAUGAAUUUCAAGAAGCCGUUUUAUACCAUUUUGGUCACCCUCAAAUAGCAAGUUUGUUCCAACAAAGUACGAAAUUUUAAACUAGGUCAAACCAAUCGUCUUCCCGGAAGUGAUUGUAUAGAAUCAAAAGUGAAAUUUGAUGUGAUGACCUUUAGCCAAACGGUACAAAUACUGGAGUCAACACGUCGUCUAGUACAGUUCACUCCGGUAGCUCCUUUCUUGACAGUAAAUCGAGUUUGUCCGAGACUCAACCAACCGUGAAACAAUGAACGCCUUCAUCGCUCUGUUCGUCACUAUCAUGGCAGUUGCUGCGCAGGCAGGACAUGCCCCGACGUCGUGGCCAGUGACUAGCUACGGUGUAGAUUCCUGGAACGGCUGGAACGGCCUCAACUCCUGGAACAACCUCCAAGCCUACCCAUACGGAGUCAACCAGCUGUCCACUGCUUGGCCAGCGUACAACAGCUUCAACGGAUGGUACCCCCAGGGAAAGACCGUCAUCCAAGCCAACGUGGCCUCUGCCAAGGUCAACCCAUGGGGUCUGCCACUGACGACGUACGGCUACGGAUACAACAACUACCUGGGAGCGGUCCCCGCGACCAAGUACAUCUCGGCUAACCCGUGGUCGACCUACGGUGCUCCCCAAGUCGGACAUGUCCAGAAGUUGAUUGUUGCCUAAGCGUUGUCAA